CAUUAACGAGUUUAUGUCGCACUGAACCCGUGUUUUGUUCUUCUUUGAAAGCUCAGAUGAACAGCGUGACCCGUGUCUUUCUGCUGAGUUUUCUUCCAGUAUCUGCUCCACUUCUUUUCCUGUUUUCGGGAAACUGACGACGUGCGUGACGCGCUAUUGGUCAGCGUCUCUCCGGAGCCCCGCCCACGCGCUCAACGCGGAAGAGGAUUACUCCGAAUCAAAUGAACCAGGAGAUCCGGAUCCACACGGAGAAAUAUCCGUGUUUCCUCGCAGAAUAAACCGAACGAAGGAUGCGAGAAGCAGAUAUCGUGUCCGGGGUGGUGAAAUCCACCGAGCGUGAUGCUGAGGAGGUUCUGGAGAGCGGGCUGCUCCUGGAGGAGUCUGGGCUGUUGCACGCUGGACUGAAGCGGCACGCGGAGGAGUGGAGCGUCGAGCAGCGCUGUAGUUUGAACGACAGCGAAUCUGAGGAGGUUCUGAACGCUAUAAACCCAAACGAGAUGUACACGUCGACGGUGUGUGAGAGCGACAGCGGUCUGUCUGAAGAUCAGUCCUCAGACGGAGCCCACGAGCAGAGCCUCGCUAACACCGUCUAUCAGGUGGUGUAUGACAUCAGCGGUGUGGGAGGAGCCUCGGAGCAGGAGACGCCUCAGAUGGACGUGAUCUCCAUCGAGCUGGAUGAGUGGAGCUCUCAGAUGCUGCUGACCGACUCGUGUGUGGUCAACGAGCUGAUGUCUUCCGUCAAAAUGGAGAACGUUUCUGCUCACGAUGUGCAAGACAUUCAGAACCCAGAUGGUUUUUUGGUUUAUCCUGAACUCCAGCUCACAGAAGAAGAGCAGAAGCUGCUGGACCAGGAGGGAGUCUCACUGCCCAACAACCUGCCCCUGACCAAGGCUGAGGAGAGAAUCCUGAAGAAAGUGAGACGGAAGAUCCGUAAUAAACUCUCGGCGCAGGACAGUCGCAGGAGGAAGAAGGAAUACAUCGAUGGUCUGGAGAGCAGGGUGGCGGCGUGUUCAGCUCAGAAUAAAGAGCUGCAGAGGACCGUGGAUCAGCUGGAGAAACACAACGUGUCUCUCGUGGCUCAGCUGCACAGACUGCAGGCUCUGAUCAAGCAGACGGCCACUAAAGCUGCGCAGACGAGCACCUGUAUCAUGAUCCUCAUCUUCUCUCUGGCUCUACUCAUCUUCCCCAGCUACAGUCCGUUCAGCCGCCGCUCUCCGUCGGAGGAGGACAGCUACGCUCCGGCCAGCGUGAUUUCCAGAAACAUCUUGAACGACGUGGAGUCUCUUCCGCUCCUGGAGGAUCCUGGAGAAGACGAGCCGGUGUCUUCAGAGCCUCUGUCUCUCCCGCCGGGACCCAGACGCGCAGACGCAGACGCAGACGAGCCGCGGCAGACGCAGGACGCAGCUCUGGAGCAGGACCGGACACCGGAGCAGAGGAACGGCUCGGACGCAGCUCUGUCUGUGAGUUUAUCAGCUCCGGCGGCUGCAGCUAACGCAGACGCAGCCAAACCACCGCAUGCUGACGAGAUGUGAGGCUGCGCAUCAAAGCCCAGAGGAGAGCUUCUCUCACAUGCCUUUAUUUAUUCCCCCUGAACACAGAAACUUCAUCAGGUGCUUGAGUUCAGUGAGUCAGCGCUAAAAGAAUCAUAUCAGUGUGGUUUGUGUUUCACAGCACUCUUAAACGUUUAAUUCAUUUGUUAACAUAUAGAUUUAUUACGUGCAUAUAAAUACACACACACUCAGUAUUUCGGUAAAAUAUGUCAUGGUUGUUGUAUAUUAAAUGCGUUUAUUUAUAAUAUAAAUUAUAUUCAUAUAAAUAUAGCCCUAAAUAUUUAAGAUAUACACUGUAUGUGUGUGUAUUCAUAGAUGCGUCAUAAAUGUGCACAGAAACUUUUAUUUUGUAAUUGCUUCCGAUGACAGCGCUAGUGCUACAGAGCGGUUUAGUGCGGUUUUUUUUUUGCUUUAGUAAACAGAAAAGGCGAGACUAGAUCACGUGACACUAAAGACUGGAGUAAUGAUUCGAUCUCAGAAAUAGCAGGUUCACACAGAAAACACCUUCACUGUUCUUUCUGUAUUUUUGCAGCCUCUGUGAGAAGAAAUAUAAACCUCACUGAAGUCAAACACUAGUGUAUAUCUGAAUGAGUUUGUAUUGAAGCAGACAUACCUGAGAGCCUUUCUACAAAAUCCCCAAGCUUCCUCGCUUUUGUUUUUAUAAUAGAAAAGACCGAACUGUAGAAUAAUACUGUGUGGAGUUGAUCAGAGUUGAAUACAAGGCUUGUGGGAUGUUUUAAUGUUUCAGAUCGUCUGAGGGUGAACGGGUUGGGUCUCUUUUCUUAUUUUAUUGUCUUCUGAAUAAAAAAGACCUUUAUAAUA